AUGGAAAUGUGCCGCAUGAUGGGCAAGUAUUUUGCCGCAUAUUUAUGUGGUUUUUGGAAAAUGCGAAAACGCAACUUGGCCUGGAGAAAAGUGAAAGUAUUUGACGCAGAUGUUGUGGUGUGUGGGCAGACGAGCGAGGGCGUUCUGCACGAGGCGCCACGCCGCGUGCUGGUGGAGGGCGCGCCGGGCGCCGGCAAGACGACGCUGGCGCUGCGCGUGCUGCACGCCUGGGCCGCGCGCGACGACCGCCUGGGCGGGCCCGCGGUGCAGCUGGCAUUGUUCGUGCCGCUGCGCGAGCUGCGAGGCUCGUCGCUCGCGCACUACCUGGGCAAGGAGCUGCUGCCCAAGUCGGCGCUGGCGCCGGGCGGCGCGGGCGCCGGCUCGGGCUCCAACGGCUUCGCGCACAUCUGGAAGUGCCUGGGGCUCCUCGAGGACAGACUGCUCUUCGUGCUGGACGGAUACGACGAGGCCGUGGCGCUGGCGGCGGCGGCGGCGGGGCAGGAGGCGACGGGCGCGGGCGCGGGCGCGGGCGGCGCCAAGGAGGCCCUCGGCGACGCCGUCGACCUGCUCGAGGGCCGCCUCUUCCCCGAGUGCCGCGUGCUGGUGACGUGCUCGCCCGCGUGGAGCGCCGCCCUGCUGCCGCUGGUGCAGCGCCGCGUGGUGCUCCGAGGGAUGGACUGGGCGCACGUGGAGCGCCUGGUGCACGCCUACUUCGCCAGCAACCACAAGCCCGAGAGCGCCAGCCGCUUCCUCGAAGAGGUCAGCUCUCCUCCUUCUGUGCUUCUUAAAGCUGCAGUUGGCUGCUGCUGUGCGUGCUGGCGGCAUGGCGGCGCUGGCGGCGUGGCCGCUGGGCUGGCUGCUGCUGUGCGUGCUGUUCAUUCUUGUGUGUGCUUGUGGCGCCUGCAGGGGGUGGGCAGCCCGCAGGUGCUGCGGCCGCUGGCGGCGUGGCCGCUGGGCUGGCUGCUGCUGUGCGUGCUGUUCGAGGAGAGCGGCGGCCGCCUGCCCUCGUCCGCGCUCGACGUGCACCAGGCCCUCUUCAAGUGCCUUAUCCGGCGCAGCCUGGAGCGCAAGGGCGACUCGCCGCCGCCGCCCCCAGCGCCGCCCUCCCCCUCGGCGCAGCAGCCCGACCUGCCCGGCCACUGCAAGAAGCUGCUGGCGGAGUUCGGCAAGCUGGCGCUCGCCUGCAUCAAGGCGGAGCGCUUCGUGUACACCGACGCGGAGAUCCGCGCGCACUGCCGCGGGGGCGGCCUGGACGCCACGGAGCUGGGCUUCCUGACGCGCGGGCUCAACUUCGGCCGCAGCUACAACCAGAAGAAGCGGGCCGACUUCUACUCGCCGCUCGUGCGCUCGUUCGCAGACUUCCUCGCCGCCUACUACGUCUCCUCCGUCGUGCACUACGCCAACAUCCUGCGCCGGGAGCUCGAGGACCUGCCCGGGUGCGUCCGAGGCAACCUUCCUCAGGGCAAAAUGCCAUUGACUCCUGUGCAUAGGGCGCGGCGUCUUCCCGACAGCCAAGAAGCUAUUUGCUCCACUCACUGA